UCAUCUUUAAUGACAGUGACAAAUGAAGCCAAAAAGAGAAUUUCAUUUUGAGUGAUAGUGUCAUAAACACUGUUAAUAAUUUUGUUAAGUUUUUAUUAACUCUUUAAUACAGUUUUAUAUUAAGAAAAUUACGGCAAAUAUAAAGUUACCAUUUCUACUAUACAAUUUGUUUUCGGAGCUCCUCAACAGAAAUUGAUUAUGUAUUGAUACUAUGCGUGGUGAAUCAUCAUCUUAAAACAAGGAUUGACAUUUUAUUCACGUUCAUAUUGUUUGCCUUAAGAGUGUCCUUAGAGAUAAACAAUGGAGUGGUUAUUUGGUCACCGGUUGACGCCGGAUGAGAUGCUGCGCAAGAACCAGCGAGCCCUCAACAAGGCCAUGCGGGAUCUCGAUCGCGAGCGCCUCAAGAUGGAGCAGCAAGAGAAGAAGGUCAUCGCUGACAUCAAGAAACUCGCUAAAGACGGACAGAUGGAUGCAGUAAAAAUUAUGGCCAAAGACUUAGUCCGUACACGACGGUAUGUGCGCAAGUUUAUGCUGAUGAAGGCCAACAUCCAGGCUGUGUCUCUCAAGAUACAGACACUAAAGUCACAGAGCAGCAUGGCACAGGCCAUGCGCGGCGUCACGCGUGCCAUGGCCACCAUGAACAGGCAGCUUAAUGUGCCCCAGAUACAAAAGAUAUUACAGGAAUUUGAAAAACAAUCAGAAAUAAUGGACAUGAAGGAGGAAAUGAUGAACGACUCUAUCGACGAGGCGAUGGAGGCUGAUGACGAUGAGGAGGAGAGUGAUGCUGUGGUAUCUCAGAUCCUCGACGAGCUGGGACUACAGCUCAAUGAUCAGCUGUCAGGGCUGCCUCAGGCUACAGGCUCACUCUCUGUCACAGGUAAAUGUAAUCUUUGGCUAAUCCAGAGAACGCCGGCGGCGGCGGUGGCGGCGGGCGGCGGCGGGGCGGGCGGCGCGGGGGCGGGCGGCGCGGGGGCGGGCGCGGGCCCGCUCAGCGACGCGGACGCCGAGCUGCAGGCGCGCCUCGACAACCUGCGCCGCGAGUAGCGCCCGCCCUCGCCACUGGCGCCACACCCUGCGCGCGGCUGCCGCCCGCCUGCACUCUGACCCCACCACCGACACUCACAGACGCUAUUGGGUCGACAGCCUGCGCGAGUAGUCUGGAGGGCCGCAUCGCUCUCCGUCCUUCCGCUGUCUUUCUUUUGUUCUUUAUACAACUCGGUAUAUCAAACAAGCGUACGACUCACCUGAUGGUAAGCGAUUACCGUAGCUUAUAGACCUCUGCAACACCAGAAGCAUCGCAAGAGGGACAUUCCUAGCCCCAAUCCAUAGGUGCCUGGUCACCUUACUCACCACAGGAACACAACACUGCUUGAAAACAAUAUUAUUUUGCUGAUCUAUACAUAGUACGAUACUAUGAUUGUUGAUAAUAUAAUUAAACUAAGGCAUUGUGUGGACUUCAUCAUAUUGUAUGAACUUAUUUGUCGAGGGUUUCUGUGAAGGAGGGGUAGCUAUAUCUGUCCUAUCUUUGAUGGGUCCAUCGACAUUGGCAUUGAUAUUCGUGGGUAACUUAGUUUGUCAGUAUGAGUCAUGGAUCCUUCCAUAAUUAAACAGUUAUCCAUCGUGGUCAUCAACAAAACGCUAUUGGGCCAGAAAUACCAAUACAUAAAUAUAAUUUAAAUAUAUUUUAUAUAACAUUAGCAACAUCUGCAUAAGUUGUUAAAUCAAUAAAUAAUUUAUAGAUAAAUGAUUUUUAUGAAAUUUAUUUUUAUAUUGUCAAUAAUCUCGAAGCUAACACGGUGUCAGUUGAAACUGUUUCUUGGACGUCAGCAGCGGACAGAGGUCCUGUGUGAAUUGAUCCGAAUUACCUCACGGUAUAAGUGAUAUGGACUUUUAUGACAGAAGUUUUAUCUAUAAUUUCCUGUUUUAUUUCACACUGUUCACAUAGCAAACAUUUAUUUUACCAUUCGAUUGGCGUAAAAGUUUCGCAGUCUCUGCGAUUUACUUGAUACAACUUAUGUCGUAAAUUUGAUAUCGAAUAUUAUUUGGCUGCAAUGACGUCUGCAAAGUACAGCUUGCUAUAUUGUUAUCUAUAAACUAAUGUAAAUAUAUGCCUAUAUUAUACCAUUUGAAUAAAAAAGCUACAAAAAUA